UUUAUGGUGACUGGAAAAUACCAUGUGAUGCCACUGGACAGCUAACUGAAUGUAUUUCACCAAUUUAUUUUGAAUGUAAAAUAGGAGGAUUUGUAAAUACAAUUCAACAUUCUCCUUUCAUACAAGAUGUAUAUUUAGUAGUAGGAGGAUGGAAAAUGGCAAUAUGGAAGUCAGAUAUACCAUAUGGUCCUUUGCUUGAAUCAUCAUGUGGGACUUGUGAAAGAACAGCCGGUCAUUGGUCACUAACCCGACCAGGAAUUAUAUUUAUUGGUCAAAGCAAUGGAAACAUAGAAGUAUGGGAUAUUUUACACCAAACUCACGAACCCAUUUUAAUUCAAAAUGUUUCUGCUAAUUUCAUAACUAAAAUUAAACCAAAAAUUAUGAAAGAUAAAUCUCAUGUGUUAGCUAUCAGUGAUGCAAAUGGAACUUUAUAUAUCAUGGACCUACCUUUAUCACUUUGGUCACCUGUACAAAAUGAGGUUAGAAUUUGAUUGUUUUAGAAAUAAAAUUAUAAUAGAAUCCACUUAUUGUAAUCAUAAAUACUGUUAUCAGGAUUAGCAUAUCCUAAAACAAUAAGCAAAGUUUAUUAAGCUUUUGUGAGGAUCCAGUUCCCUAUAAUUAGCAAAAUUUUAAUGAAAUUCCUGGAGGAUCUGACAAAAUUGUGGCAUUUACCUUUGUCCUUUCUAGUAAUAGACAUCAGUGAAUUCUUGCAACCUGUCCCUGGUGACCCAAAAUAUAAUUAAAAAAGAAAACUGAAGAUUGAA